GGCUGGCGCCUCCCCGCGUCGUCGGGACAGUCCCGUGCAGGCGGCUGCGGACUAGUGGCCUUGGAAGCUGCAAGGGACCCGCGCACUGCGGCCAGAGAACAGCGACCUGCCUUCCCCAGCAGCAAGGCUGUGAGUGGCAAGAUGGGACCGGGCUCACAGCGCGCGCUUUUCCUCCUCUUGCUGCUCCUCGCCAGCCCCGGAGCGCGGGCUUUCCAGAGCUGUCUCAACAAACAGCAGCUCCUCACCACCAUCCGCCAGCUGCAGCAGCUGCUGAAAGGCCAGGAGACCCGCUUCACCGAAGGCAUCCGAAACAUGAAGAGCCGGCUGGCUGCACUGCAAAACACGGUUAACAAAAUGACCCCGGAUGCACCACCAGUUUCCUGCCCAGCUCUGGAGGCCCCUCCGGAUGGCAAGAAGUUUGGAAGCAAGUACUUAGUGGACCAUGAAGUCUAUUUUACCUGCAACCCUGGGUUCCAGCUGGUUGGGCCCAGCAGCGUGGUGUGUCUUGCUAAUGGUAGCUGGACAGGAGAGCAGCCCCGCUGCAGAGAUAUCAGUGAAUGCUCCAGCCAGCCUUGUCACAAUGGAGGGACGUGUGUGGAAGGCAUCAACCACUACAGAUGCAUCUGUCCUCCAGGAAAAACUGGGAACCGCUGUCAGCAUCAGACCCAGGCUGCGGCCCCAGAUGGCGGCGAGGCCGGUGACCCCGCCUUCAGCCGCGCACCCCGCUGCGCGCAGGUGGAGCGGGAACAGCAUUGCAGCUGCGAGGCGGGAUUCCACCUGAGCAGCACCACGGGCGGCCACAGCGUCUGCCAGGAUGUGAAUGAGUGUGAGAUCUAUGGGCAGAAAGGACGCCCCCGGCUCUGCAUGCAUGCCUGUGUGAACACCCCUGGUUCCUACCGAUGUACCUGCCCGAGUGGAUACCGGAUCCUGGCUGAUGGGAAGAGCUGUGAGGAUGUUGAUGAGUGUGCAGGCCCACAGCACAUGUGCCCCCGGGGGACCACAUGCAUCAACACUGGAGGAGGCUUCCAGUGUGUCAACCCUGAGUGUCCUGAGGGCAGCGGCAAUAUAAGCUACGUGAAGACAUCUCCCUUUCAGUGCGAGCGAAACCCUUGUCCCAUGGACAGCAGGCCAUGCCGCCACCUGCCCAAGACCAUCUCCUUCCAUUACCUCUCUCUCCCUUCCAAGUUGAAGACACCCAUCACGCUCUUCCGCAUGGCCACAGCCUCAAUUCCUGGCCAUCCUGGGCCCAACAGCCUGCGCUUUGGGAUCGUGGGUGGGAACAGCCGUGGCCACUUCGUAAUGCAGCGCUCAGACCGGCAGACAGGAGAGCUCAUCCUUACACAGACCCUGGAGGGGCCUCAGACUCUGGAGGUUGACGUAGACAUGUCGGAAUACCUGGAGCGCUCCUUCCAGGCCAACCAUGUAUCCAAGGUCACCAUCUUUGUUUCUCGCUAUGACUUCUGAGGAUGCCAUGGCAGUCGGGAGGCUGGGGUUUGAGAUCUGGGCUGAUUUCACUUCCCCAAGGACACAUUGUGGGCAAGAGCUGUGGUGGUCAUUCUUUUCUUGGUCAUGUUCUUACCUACUCUGCUUGUUCAUUCAGGCUUCUAGAUCAAUGCUGUGUUCUGACCCAGGGGCUGCCACAGAAGGGAAGCCACAAACAAAUGCUGUUUCUACCAUCACAUUACUUGUUUUUUGUUUUUGUUUUUGUUUUUUUGUUUUUUUGUUUUCUUUCUGCUUUAAGCCCCACUCCUACCCUGUUAGGAGACAGCACAGAAUUUCAAAAUACUAUGUGAGUGACCAUGUGAGUUUGAACCAGCUGAGGUGGGGGAGAAGCUCACGGUGUGUACUUGAGACAAUGGCCAACGGUUCUGCAUUGAGGCUGCCAAGGCUUUUCUGGCUGAGCGUGUUCUAGCUCUGCAGAUGCUCUAAUGGCCCUGUGAGCUACCUACCAGGGUACUUUACCCUGUGACAUUCCAGCCAACCUUUUCGUCAGCAAGCUGUAAGGGAGCCUAGCAACCCCGAGUGGAUCCUUCUAGACCAAGGUGUCAACAUUAAAUCAUGGAUUUUGUCAGAGUUUCUUCACUUGAGAGAAAACAUGUCUCAAAAACAUGACCUGGCUUUAUGGCUGUGGAAACAGACUCUGUAUUCUCUGCCCAUCUGACUUCUCCCUGGGUGUGAGAGCACCUUCUAGGAAGGGAUAGUCCUCUUCCUGCCCAGGUUGGACUUGGAGGAUGGAGAGGUGAUGUGUGAGAUAGCUCCAAUAGUUUCAAUAUGGAUUGGUCACAUGGGAGCCCAGUAAGGAUGGCAUCUGGCCAUGGGAUGUUUAGGAGAAUACUCAAAUUGUCUUCCAUUCCAUGGUUUCUUCUUUAGUUGAAAGAACUAAAGAAGAGUUGACGCCUUCCACAUGAAUGAAUCAGGAACACUCCAUUGAGCACUGAGAGCUUGCUGGGACCAUCGAGUUAGAACUUAAAAGCUGGAUGGGGUGAGUUGAGAGGAGUUUCGAUGUCCAAAUGAUAAUCUAUGGCGAGCGUUGCUUCAUACACAUUUUAUCUUAAAAAUUAUUUCUAGAGGAUGGGACAGGCUGACUGAGUUUGAGGGCAGUAUGGAUGACAUAGUAAGACUGUUUCCAACAAAAUAAGACAAGAAGAGGACUAGAGCUGUAGCUUAGUAGAAGAGUUAUUGUCCAGCAUGCAUAAAGCCCCAAGGUCAUUUCCUUGCACUGCAUAAAACUGGGUGCAGUUGUCCGUUUCUCUGCUAUAUAGCCAGUUUGAGAGUUUGUACAUGGCUUCUUUUGUGAGACAAAGACCGGGGGUCCUCCCAUGGCUUCAGCUGCAGUUUCUAACAACAAUAAGGGCCUGAGGAUUUGCUUUUCCAGGUUGUUACAUGACUCAUUAAAACAAUGUUCAGAA